GGUAGGUUUCAGCUAUGUAUAAUUAUGGUUUGCAUUAUACUUCUGAUGGAGUAAAUCAUCAAUUUAUUAUAACAAUAAGUGUUAUUGAUUUUUUUUUAAUAUAUACUGUUAUUAAUUUGGUGUUUGUUUUCGAAUUUGCAGUUUGAACAUGAGCGACAGAAAGAAAGGUGCACCACAGAAGAAUCAAACUGAGUAUGACAAUGAGAUUAAGAAAAUCGUAAAUGAAAAGCUUGUCGAGUGGGAUAACACCACUUGCAAUAUCUUUGAAUAUAGGAAAGAUAAGAGAUUUGGUUCGUCCACGCCCAGAGAGGCUCCACCAUCACGAGGUCAUCGAAGAAUGAAGGGGGCAAUCAUCACACCCCCUAGAGGUCGCAGUAAGGGUAAAGCACAAUACACUGCCCUAAGGAUGAACGCAUCCAACCCUCAACUUUUUGAAGAGGACGAAGACGAGGACAAGGAUGAAGAGGAGAAGAUGAUGAAGAAAUAA